CCCAGUCCCACCCAUUUCUACCCCUUGUUUUGCCACACGCAAACUCGGCGAUCUUCCGUCUUUUUGACGGGAAUAGACAGCCCCUUCCCAAUUCGUAGCCACCAAAAACGCGCCGUUCACGAACCAGCCGCGACCAGUGCGGACGGGAACGCGCCGACUUUGAGGGUUAGCCUACCCGACAAUUUCCAAGCGGACAAGAGCCCCUUGAUUCUUACCAUAUUCUUAUCAAAUAACGCAUCAUAUAUAUAUAUAAUUCGAAUAACCAUCUAUUCUUUCAUUUGAAUCAUCCUCCAAAUAGCUUUAGAAUAGCUUGUGGUGGCUUUCUUUGUAACUGAACAUGAUCAGUACCAAGCAGCGCCAGCAGCUGGACGUGCUCGAGCUGCACUUGGACGAAGAGAACCGCGUUAUUAUUUGCAAGCUCUGUCAAUUUGCCAUCAAGCCAGCAGGAAAUCGAGUAACACGGCAUCUAGCUGACAAGCAUGGCAUCUCUCGCCACGCCCGAGUUGGGCUACGCAAGAUUCUCACGAUAUUGGAGCUGCCAGACCCAGCAAAGCUGCCACCACGACCGGACGGAUCGCCGCUGCACCCAUAUCUUGAGCGACGCACAUGUCUAUGCUGUAAGCUCUGUGCUUUCAAGACAACUAGCUUGGAUCUUAUCAGCCGUCAUAUCCCAAAGACCCAUGCUGAAAUAUGCCGACCGGGCCGUACGGGGGUCUGGAUCCGCGACUACAUCGACAGCACCAGCAGCUUCCAGAGCUGGCAGGCCAACGACAUCAUGAACGCAUGGCGCAUUGAUGUUCCCGUCGCGCCCAAUAGCGAGGGAGCAGGUCUGCAGAGGCUAGCUGCAAAAGGCACAGAACCAGACAUGGUCGAUCCACGCGAAGCGCUCAUCAAGCGCAUUCGAGAGCAGGAAAUAAGAGCAUCGUCAGGUAUUGGAGAGAACAGCGAGGCUGAUCCCGCGCUGUCGCAACCGGCGCUCAUGACAAAUUGGAUGCGCCGCACAAGAUGGCACCAGACGUUCUUGGAGGCGGAUCGUCCUGCGCUUGUUGCGCUCUCGGCGCUGCCGCACCCAUACCAGCAUCAACGGCCACUGCGCAUACAGCUAAGCAACGGUAUGACACUAGACAGCGCAGUGCGAGAUGAGAUGACACUGCGUGCCAUAAUGAGCGCCGUGGAUCGGCUGAUGGACCGGGCUGGCGACACGAUCCGGAACACAGACGUCGCCAUUCGCCGCUGGCUACGUGGGCGUUUCCCAGAGAGGCCCUACAAGGCGCCGUUUGAGCUAGUCAGCAGCAGCCACUCAGAAAAGCAGUAUCAGCGCUUGCUUAAGCGCUGCAUCUGCAUUUGGGUCCGUCUCUGGUAUAUGCCGCCGUCUGUAGCACAAUUAGUCGCCGGCCGCACGCUCACAUCAGAGCAGCGCUAUGCAUUGCAGACGCUUUGGUGUGAUGCCAACUGGGAAGAGGCAAACAUAGAUGGUGAUGUCUCUAUGGAGGACAACGAGAGCGAGGGGAGCGAGGAGGAGAGUGAGGAGGAGAGCGAGGCUGAGUUCGAAAGUGGCGAUGACGACGAUAGCGUAUGCGGCAGCGACAAUGCAAGCGAUAUCUCGAGCUUCUUAACCAGCAACACAUUGCUAGCAGCAAGUCAAAGCAGUAUAGACUACACCAAUAAAGCAGAUAUAGAUCAACACAGCGAGGCUGCAGACUCAGAGGCAUAGCAGGAUGAGCAAGUCGAUGCGAUGCUGACAUUCUG